AUGCCUCUCGGCUUUGAGCGCUUGAACGAGCGUACGCAGCGCCCCAACGCAAACAUCAACUUCAUCAAAACCGUUUCUACAGGUGCCGACAAAGCCAUCGCCGAGGAGUUUCUGUCGCGAAUCGCAGCACAAUGCUAUCCCGUCAUGAAGAAGCACUACAUUACCGUCAUGUCACUUGAAGAAUACCCUUCCAAUCCCGAGUUCCUGGGCCGAAAUUUCAAUGCCGGCGAAGUCAUCCAGUUGGUUCUCAAGGACAAGCAGGGACGAUGGCUGAGCUUCAAAUUCGUGCAAAUGGUCAUGAUGCAUGAAUUGGCACAUUGCAAGCAGAUGAAUCACAGUAGGUCCUUCUGGAGUGUGCGGAAUGAGUAUGCCAAGCACAUGGAGGAUCUAUGGAAAGACAGGUACGAAGGCGAAGGACUGUGGGGACGCGGGCGUGGGCUCGCACAUGGAGCAUUUGUGCAUGCCCAGCCGCCGGACAAUACACAGAUACCCGAACAUCUCUGUGGUGGAAGUUAUCGGAGGAGAGGGCAAAAGAGAAAGCGAGUGGGCCAACAUGAGCAGGGGGCCGGGGAGAAACUGAGUUAUGCAGAGAGGCAACAGAAGCGAAUACGGAGGAAGCUAGGGAAGCAUGGUGUCAGUAUGAAGAGCGAAGUUCUCGGGGACGACGAACUGACCAGAGGUGCUCUCGAGAGAAUGAACGGCGGCAAGAGAGCGGCGGGCAAGCCAAAAGUGGCCAACAGCAAGCGAGGCAGAGAUCUACGAGCAAAUGCUGCUUUGGCCCGCGUCGAAGCGCUGAAGCAGUUGACAUCGGUGAAGACUCCGGAGCUCGAUAACGAUGUGGAAAGUGAGACAGAAUCAGAAUGGGAAGACGGCUCAGCUUUGGGAUCUCAAGGCAAUGCCAUAAUCAAGGACGAGCACGGGCAUGACAUGGUUAACGUAUGUGGUGAAGGCGAGGACGACGAGGAAGGUGCUGGCAAGGAAAUGAACGAGCUUCGAAUGCUCAGUCGUGGACUCAGCCAGAACUGCAGCGCAAGCACAUCCGGCAAGCCAUCAUCAAGACGACCUGUCGAUGCGGAGUCCCGAACGCAAAGCGAAGCAGAUGCCGAGUCCAGUUCCCAGCCGCGAGAGGCUGUAUUGAAGCAGGAACUGGGUUGUUCCAGUAGCGAGAGAACUGCUGGCGCAAUUCUGCAAUCCAAGGACCAGCACAACCCGCUCCUGAUCGAGCUUUCGGAGACUGAGGGUGCUCUGGCAGGCCAAAGCGGGAAGAUAUCAUCAUCGGCUCCCAGAACCGCUCCGUCGACUGCGCCCGGAAGCACAAUCACAGACUCUUUGAGGAGGUCGCCACAUCCAGUGGAUCACCAGCCUAUCAAAAAUGCUAUCUCGCCAGAGACCACAGAGGCGCCAGUAUCACUCGCAGGGAGCGUUCCCGAUACGAUGGUCACCUGUUCAAUGUGCUCUACCAACAACGAGCCGGACGCCCCAACCAAAUUACCGAUCAUGGCACCAGCGACAAAAUCCGCAGAAUUCACGACGGCCGUCGAGGACAGCCGCAAGCUCAAGGAGAAGCCAACCAACGACCAACUACUCGAGUUGUACGCACUGUACAAGGUCGGAACCAACGAGACCGAGUUCGAGAAGGCUGAGAAGCCGGGCAUGUUUGACUUGAAGGGCAAGGCCAAGUACAACGCCUGGAAGAAGGAGGUUGAUGCUGGCACCACGCCAGAGGCUGCGCAGAAAAAGUACGUGGAGCUGGUGGAGAAGCUGAAGAACGAGCUUGGAUACAAUGCUUAGGUCAAGCAUGAAGUGCGAGGGGAAGACGGCAGCGUUGAUGGCAUAACGACGGCACGCGGACAUGAAGCUCAGCAUCUUUAUACUUUCUACAGCGUGGUAUGAGAAUGCCGCUCGACUCGACCAGUCUUGGCGGACGAUCCAAAUUUUUGACCAUCGUCUCUGGGAGCAAGCUGCCGAACAUGCGUGCGUGAUGAUUGAGCUCGCAGUCGACCAUCCAUGCCCUGUAAAGACGAGACCCUCAACAAUGGCCAAAGUUGGGAAAGUAUAGACGACGGCUUGGACGGGUCAAAUGCUAACACUGCACAAGCUGCAUUUAUGUGCUUCUUCGCCGAAUUCCUCCGCAGGCUGUUGAAUGGACGCAGCAGCACGUCUUUCUUAGAGUCUGUUUGCAGGCAGGACCUAUGCUCACAGGUACCUUCUACUUCGGCUGUCAGUGCUAAUUGCAGAGGUUGCACAGAAUACGAGGGGUCCGUUCUAGAUACCAAGGGACUUGCCCAACGGCGUUCCCGAAUAAUUG